UGCCGGAACAUUGCAGUAUAACUUUUUUUUGUUUGUUUUUUUUUAGUUAUUUUAAAAACCGUCUCCACAAGCUCCUAUUCAGUGCAGAUUGGUGACAGACAUUCAGUGUUCACCAGCAUUGAGUUACUUUCAGUUUGUAUUUAUUUUUAAACUAUGUACACAGUCAGUAAAAGCUUAAUAAUACUUCACUGAUUUCCCUCAAUUUAUUCAUGGGUUAUAAUUAAAAAUGUUACUUGGACUUUUCAUUUUAGCACUUUUUAAUGUCAUCAUUUAUAAUAUUAGUUUGUAAAACCUGAGCAUUUUAUUCUGGUGACUCCCGUUCAUCGCUCUCCAUGGCAACGACGAUAAAUACUGAAUAUGAAAGAAAUGGUCUGUAAACAGGUUUCCGAUCAUGUGGCCAUUAUGAGAUAUGUGUUUUUUCCUUUUAAGAUGCACUUCUCAUCCUUACAUAUUUGAAGAUAUUUUCCUUCCCCCCUACCCCCCCGGUCUGUGUUGCUGCAGUCAGGCUUUGUGCUGGGUUGGACUGUCAGGGAUGAGGAUCCGACUCCAGGGCACCGGCCAUGCGGCAGGUCUCCUUGCUGAGCUCAACCAGUGCCGGCUGUCCCGCUCCCUCUGUGACGUGGUGCUGCACGUGGGCGGUCGCUCGUUCCCCGCACACCGUGCUGUGCUUGCCUGUGCCAGCACCUACUUCCGCAGCCUCUUCUCUGGGGGUGGAAAUGGUCGGGGACGGCAAGAGGGCCCAGUCACUCCUUCCUUCACUGUGGACUUUGUUUCUGCGGCGAACUUUGAGAAGGUGUUGACUUUCAUUUACACUGCAGAGAUCUUUACUGACCUCAUCAACGUCGGGGUGCUGUACGAGUCAGCUGAGAGGCUGGGCGUCCGAGAGCUGGUGCGGGCCUGCCAUGCCACCUUCCCUGACCUACAGAGCUCCGGCUCUGCUGAGUGCGCUGCCAAAUGGGACCUGGACUCCUGCCCUGCCCCACCUGCAGUUUGCUCCUCCUCUGUGGCCUCUUCCUCCUCUUCCUCCUCAUCCUCUGGUUCCUCUGCUGCUCCCACGCCCAUCACACCCUCCUGUGUGCCUCAGGACAGGGAUGUGAGAACAGGUGGCAGCCACGCUCCCCAUUUUCCUGUCCCUCAGGCCCCAAAAGCAGAAGAUGUGGAUUCCCUCCUGGAGUACGGCCAGGCAUCUGAGGACAAGGGGACGGUGCCAGAGCAGCAGACAGUGGACACCUUGUCAGGCCCGGCUCAGCACGUCAAGGUGGAGCAGGCGGAGGAGAGCGCCGAGGUGAGCGAAUGCCAGGCAGGAGAGGAGGCUGGAAGCAGUGAGGGCAGGUCCGACUCUGCACCCCUGUGCGUCUCCUAUCCCGACUCUUCAGCCCAGCUAGGAGGUGAGGCCUGCGCACCCUCAUCAUCGUCCGGUGAUCCGCUGGACAGCCUGCAGAUGGCCACAGUAGAGUGUGGAGAGGCAGUAGAGGGGGACAUUUUGUUUGAGGAAGAGGAGGACUCCGAGAGGGGCCGGCAGCAGAGAGAUGGCUUGGAACCUAGGGGUCAGUGGAGCAGGCUGGCGGAGGAGGUCAUAGAGCUGAGUGACGAUGAAGAGAAUUACAUUGAAGAGGAAGAGACUGAGGAGGAAGAUCUGGUGUGUGUGGAGAACGGCAGUGGUGCAGAAGGUAGGAGCCCAGCCCAGGUGGUGGGCGUCGUGAUCUGCAAGGCCUGUGGCAAGACGCUGUCCACCGACACGGCGGCCGUCAUGGCCCACGCGGAGUCGCACCUUUCUGAGUCGGGGCUUUGUCGCAUUUGUGGCUCCUGCCUGCCUGUCCGUGCUGCCCGUCUGACACAUGUCCUCUCACACAUGGGCGUCCCACUCUACUUUUGCGACAUGUGCCGCAUGCAGUUUUGCAGCCAGGCGAGGUUGACCCGUCACCGGCGACAGGCUUUGGCUGGAAUCCCCCUUCCUCAGCCUAACCAACUUAGCAUCCCCCAGGGGCCUGGAGGAGACCUGCAAUGUGUGGUUUGCUCUAAACAACUAAACAAGGACUUCAAGGCUGUGAGGGAGCACUUGCUGAGCCACGUGUGUGUGUCGUCGCUGCGCUGUGGGGUGUGCCAGCUGCCCCAGUCGUCCCUGUGCUCCCUGCUGUGGCACGCUCUCACUCACCUCUCCCUUCCCAUCUACACCUGCUCCUGCUGUGCCUGCUGCUUCCUGGAGCGCCCUCUGCUGGAGAGACACAUGGCCAUGCACAGCGAAGAGGCCAGGGUGCAGGAGAGGGAGGUUGGGGAUGCUCAAGGGCCUGGGGAAGACGGAGGCGACGGGCUGGAGGAACUCCGCUGCUUUCUGUGCCCACAGAUAUUUCUGUCCUCGUCUGCCUUCCAGUACCACCUGAGUAUGCAUAACAGUGAGCCGUUAGGGGGCAGGUCUUGGCAGGGGAAGCGCAAGGCUGACCAGGCCCUAGAGUACUCCUCUUCCUGCUCCUCCUCCUCACCUCUUGAUGCAGGCAGCCUGGGCAAACUGGGCAGCAUGGGCUUUGGCAUUGGGGUAGGCAUGGGCUCAAACCUUGGUGACAAGCUGGUCCAUGGCGGGGGUCUCCCCGCCUUCCCCACUGGGCUCCUUCCGGAUGGCAGCCCUGGAGGCCUGUCGGUGGGCGGCAACAGUGGCAGCCCACGAGCCAAGUGGUACCGCUGUCGCUUCUGCGGUAAGCGCUUUGCCCAUUCGGGGGAGUUCACAUACCACCUGCGCAUCCACACGGGUGAGAAGCCCUACCAGUGCAAGGUUUGCCUGCGCUUCUUCCGAGGUCGCUCGACCAUGAUCUGCCACCUGAAAACCCACGCUGGUGCCCUCAUGUACCGCUGCACAGUCUGUGGCCUCUACUUCUCCACACUCAAACUGGUGUCAUCCCACAUGGAGCAGCACAAGGACAGCCUGCCUCCUGACUUCAACAUUGAGCAGACCUUCAUGUACAAUGACCAUUCCAAAGAGCCCCUCCCCAGCCUGGACAGCUGACCACCUUCUUGCCGCCCUCUGCGUGAAGUGUCGACACCCAACUUGAGCCUGGUAAGACUCAACAGGACCUGUCCAGCUCUGUGAACAGAGCACUUCAACAUUAAGAGCCACAUGGCUUCAGCAGCGUUAUCUGUUCAUCAUACGCAGUUCGAUGCAUGUAAAUUAUGCGUCAGUAUCUGAAAUGUAUUUUCUGCCCAAACUCCCCUGUCCUGCAGACUGGUUCUCUGAGGACUGGCAGAAUUUUAUUGGAAAUAGACAGAGGAGGGAAUACUGUGGGUAGUUUUACAUGAAAUCAGAUUUUAAAAAAGAAAAAAAAAUAAGAAUUUUUAGAAAUACUUUUUGCCACCUGAUGGCAGUACAUUAGCGAGAAUGUGCCGUAAACACUGGAGACUGCAGGGUGGGGCGCUUUGGUUCUAGACAAGGUGAAGCUGACUCUAGAAUCAAUGUGAAAAGGUUUGAAUAUGAAGAAUAUGUAGAAAUGCAUAAAUCUGUUGUCCAUCAUGUACUCUGUGGGGGAGCAGGAAGCUGUUGAUUGGGUGACGUGCCUUAACCUGGAUAAGUGGUCACUCGCUUUCAGUGCUGGAUUAGGCAUUUCCAAAGGUGCCUUGCAGAAAGAUUUCCUUUAAGGAGACUGGCCUGGGAAUGACUUCCAGGGGUUUAAUUCCUCUUUAACACCUCUUCUCAUCUUAGUCGGUAUUAUACCAAAGUUAAUCUUUUUUUUUUUUUUUUUUUUUUUUGGACAAUUAACAAACGAUAUUAUAGCUAGUAGCAGUCAUGUUCUUGGACAGUUUAGGCCAUAGCGCCCUUGUAUAUAAGAGAAAUUCCUGUUAUUUUAGGAUUAGAUUUUAUUGCAUGGAUAUAUAAUUUAGAGUAUUAUUUUGUAAUUAAUUGAUCCCCCCCCCCCUCCUCCCUCCAAAGUCACAGUAGUAGCUACUGGGAAGUGACCAGCAGCACAUUUUAUAAGCGUUAUAGGCAGCCGUCUAAUGAUCGGUACAUUUUGACCAACAACUGACUUUUUUCCAGUGGACCAGUGUUGACAGAUGUUGAUAUUGUAGAUCAGAAUGGUAAUAAUCAGAGUCUAAUAAUCUUUCAGGUGUAUUCAGUUAAAUCCUUAUAUCCUCAUCACCAAGUAUUCUCCUGGUACUGUUUGAACCAGACCCAGAACCAAGUGGGUUAGUUUCUACAGCAGAAUGUCAUUUUCAAUGAAAAUGUCCGUUUUAAGUGAUAAAGUAGUUAUUUUUUAUUUAUAUGCAUGGAGGUGGAAUUCACUCCAGUGUUUUUUACUGAAGCCACAUUUGUUUCAACCCAUUGGUUUAACACUCUUGCAUCACAGUUUUCAGGGAUGCCAAGACCAGUUCUUGUAAAGCUGUACUCAGCUGCUCCUGCUGGACACGUCAAUGACCUGUGCUGCCAACAGACACGGGCCUCGUAGUAACAACACUCCCUGGUCAGUGAACUCGUACGAAUAUGAUUGAGGUUUCUCACUGUUUUAUGUAUUUUAAUCCACAAGGUAUCAGUGUACAAAGUUGAGUUCCAAUAUCACUCUGACUCGUUUUAUAGAAGUCCAGACUCAGGCCAUGAACCCACAUUACCUAAGGAGCUCUUGGCUGAAGCUCACUUGUUUGCUGGUCCUCCAUUUACAAAUAAGCUAUUGCUAGAUACUUUUUUUGGCUGCUACUGCAAUGUGUGAUUUGAUGUGGAAGAAAAGGAGUGCCAUAUAAAUAGUAAAGAAAAUAGAAAAACUAAAUUGAAAAUGUUGUUCAUAAACUGACAAAAGCUUAAUGCAGACAUCCUUCAAAAUCUCAGAUUAAAAAUCAAAAUUAAGUUUUUACUGGAUGAAACAUUUCCUGUAAAUUUCUGUUUUUAUUAGUCAUUGCAUGACUUAAGUGUUAAAAUUGUGUGAGGCAGGGAGCACUGUGGACAGGAUGCCAGUCCAUCGCAGGACUUGUAUUUGGUUUAAGCAAUAUAUAAUUUAAUAAUAUACUUUAUGAUUUAGAUGUAUAGUUUAAUUUAACAUGAAACAAGGUGCAGCAUUCAUCAAUAUCUGACUACUUAUGGUUUGUAACAAUAGGGAUGUACCUUGACUUAUUUGUGGGGUAGGUUCUGUAAAAGUCUUGAACAUAGCUAUAAAUACCCUUUUAAAUACUUUUAUCAUUUUUGUUUACUUAGGUCUACAUUAAAUGAAUAAAUUGAAACUAAAAAUAAAAACGAAUUUAAAAUAACUGAAAAAAAAAAUCCCAUUUCAUGCCAUUUGAUCUACUGAUUAUCCUAUAAAUAUUGUCGUGUUUAUAGUCUAUUGAUCACGAUCACGAACACCAGACAUGAGCUAUAAACACUGUGGGGGGGGAAUGUUCAGGUUGGGAAUUUUUGAAGAUAAAGGCAUUUGUAACACAGAUUCAGUGUAAUAAAUAAUGUGUCAAAUUAAGUAAUUUUGUUUUUAAAAGUGAAUGUUAGUCCUU